AUGGGAAUGAAACGGAAGGAAGGAAGCCGGAAAAAGCUUCCAGCCGGAAAAGGCUUCCAGCCGAAAAAGGCUUCCAGCCGGAAUAGCCUUCCAGCCGCAAUAGGCUUCCAGUCGGAAAAGGCUACCAGCCGGAAUAGGCUACCAGCCGGAAAAGGCUUCCAGCCGGAAAAGAUUUCGAACCGGAAAAGGCUUCCAGCCGGAAAAGGCUUCCAGCCGGAAAAGGCUUCCAGCCGGAAAAGGCUUCCAGCCGGAAAAGGCUUCCAGCCGGAAAAGGCUUCCAGCCGGAAAAGGCUUCCAGCCGGAAAAGGCUUCCAGCCGGAAAAGGCUUCCAGCCGGAAAAGGCUUCCAGCCGGAAAAGGCUUCCAGCCGGAAAAGGCUUCCAGCCGGAAAAGGCUUCCAGCCGGAAAAGGCUUCCAGCCGGAAAAGGCUUCCAGCCGGAAAAGGCUUCCAGCCGGAAAAGGCUUCCAGCCGGAAAAGGCUUCCAGCCGGAAAAGGCUUCCAGCCGGAAAAGGCUUCCAGCCGGAAAAGGCUUCCAGCCGGAAAAGGCUUCCAGCCGGAAAAGGCUUCCAGCCGGAAAAGGCUUCCAGCCGGAAAAGGCUUCCAGCCGGAAAAGGCUUCCAGCCGGAAAAGGCUUCCAGCCGGAAAAGGCUUCCAGCCGGAAAAGGCUUCCAGCCGGAAAAGGCUUCCAGCCGGAAAAGGCUUCCAGCCGGAAAAGGCUUCCAGCCGGAAAAGGUUUCCAGCCGGAAAAGGCUUCCAGCCGGAAAAGGCUUCCAGCCGGAAAAGGCUUCCAGCCGGAAAAGGCUUCCAGCCGGAAAAGGCUUCCAGCCGGAAAAGGCUUCCAGCCGGAAAAGGCUUCCAGCCGGAAAAGGCUUCCAGCCGGAAAAGGCUUCCAGCCGGAAAAGGCUUCCAGCCGGAAAAGGCUUCCAGCCGGAAAAGGCUUCCAGCCGGAAAAGGCUUCCAGCCGGAAAAGGCUUCCAGCCGGAAAAGGCUUCCAGCCGGAAAAGGCUUCCAGCCGGAAAAGGCUUCCAGCCGGAAAAGGCUUCCAGCCGGAAAAGGCUUCCAGCCGGAAAAGGCUUCCAGCCGGAAAAGGCUUCCAGCCGGAAAAGGCUUCCAGCCGGAAAAGGCUUCCAGCCGGAAAAGGCUUCCAGCCGGAAAAGGCUUCCAGCCGGAAAAGGCUUCCAGCCGGAAAAGGCUUCCAGCCGGAAAAGGCUUCCAGCCGGAAAAGGCUUCCAGCCGGAAAAGACUUCCAGCCGGAAAAGACUUCCAGCCGGAAAAGGCUUCCAGCCGGAAAAGGCUUCCAGCCGGAAAAGGCUUCCAGCCGGAAAAGGCUUCCAGCCGGAAUUGGCUUCCAGCCGGAAUUGGCUUCCAACCGGAAUAGGCUUCCAACCGGAAUAG